AUGACCAGUAACAUUACGUCUGUGUCUAAAAAAGUGGGAGAAAACGAAAAGUAUGAGGCUGAUUUGGAACAGGCUCUGUCAGUCGUCGGUAUUGGUGUUUACAACUUCAAGUACUGCUUGGUACUGUCGCUGUUCCUCAUCGCCAGCAUCGUGGAGCCGGUGGGGUACUCGUAUGUACUGCCGUCCGCCCGCUGCGACCUCCAGAUGACAGACUCGCAGCGAGGCUUUAUUGCUUCAGUACCUUACAUAGGUGUCGUUCUGACGUCAUUUCCUUGGGGUUACCUCGUGGACACGCGUGGUCGGAAGCCGAUCCUCAUCAUAAGCUCACUAGCAGCAGGCAUGCUGGGAAUUCUAUCGGGCUUCAUGCCAGAACUCAUCAGUUUCACAGCCUGCAAGUUUCUCGCUUCUCUCUGCAUAGCCUGCCCCGCCGCGGUACCCUACUCGUACAUCAGCGAGAUCUUGCCGCAGCACUACAGAGACCUAGCGCUGUCUGUCACCAACUCCAUGCAGAUCUUGGGAUCGGCGUUAGUACCACUGUUAGCCUGGGCAAUAUUGCCACAAGACUUCAGAGUGGACUUCGGCUUGUAUGAAUUCCGAGCCUGGCGUCUGCUUUGCAUCGUGUACGCGCUGUUCUUCAUCAUGGCUGCUGAGCUAAUAGCGUUUGGUCCGGAGAGCCCCAAGUACCUCGUCUCCCAAGGGAAAAGGGAAGAAGCUCUAAAAGUGCUGAGAACCAUGUACGCGUCGAAUAAAGGAAAAUCGCCUGAUACAUUUCCGAUAAAAGCAUUGAAAGUAUCCGAUGACCCCGAAAGAAACAAGAUUGGCUUCUUCACAUCGCUGAGAUUACAAACGGCGCCGUUGAUGAAGCCGCCCCUCGUAAAAUGGAUGCUACUUAAUGGAUUUUUACUUUUUGGUGUGUUUAAUGUACUGAACGGCCUAUGGAUGUGGGUGCCAGACGUGUUGAAUCGAGUGCUAACUGGUGGCGGCGACGGGAGUCUGACAGCAUGCGGCGUAAUAGCAUUGGGACAGAACGUGACAGUGGACGAGGGAGAAUGUAUCGACACGAUAGACGAGCUAACAUACAUGAUAAACUCUCUAGCAUCAAUAGUUUGCGCUCUCAUCGCGCUAGCGGCCAGCACUACAGUGAAAUGCAUCGGAAAGAAGAUGCUGGUCAUCAUAGUGUUCCUGCUGAUCGGCCUGUUCUGCAUGCUGAUCAACGUGACGACGCAGCAACUAUUGUUCGCUGUGCUGCUGACGUCGUUGCCACUGACUGGUUUAGCAAUCGGUCCCGUCAACGCUUAUAGUGUGGAAUUGUUCCCUACGCACUUGAGAGGGAUGGCCGUCAGUUUAUCCAUGAUGUUUGGAAGAUUCGGUUCAAUAUUUGGCGCCAAUGUUGCUGGGCUUAUGAUCAACUCGACAUGCGAAGGAAUGUUCUAUAUGUUUGGAGGACUUUUGUUAUUUUGCGGAUUAUUAACGUUUUUGCUACCAAGAUCUUCACCACUUCCCAAUAAGAAGGAAGAAAUGAUGACCAGAUUAUAA